UGUCAUUUGUGUAUAAAUACGGGUUCCUCUCUUCUAAAGGCGCAUACUCUCUCUCUCUCUCUAAGUACUCGAUCUUUGCCGGAUCUGAAACCCAAUAACUAAACAACAGAAUCCAACCAACUUGGAUACAACAGAAUACAAUGUGGAGACUAAAGGUGGCAGAAGGCGGAGGUUCUUAUGAGCCUUACCUAUACAGCACAAACAACUUUGUUGGGCGCCAAAUAUGGGAAUUUGAUCCCGAUUAUGGCACCCCUGAGGAGCGCGCCCAGGUUGAAAACGCUCGCCAGCUCUUCACUCUUAACCGCUCUCGAGUCAAGCCCAACGCUGAUCUUCUUCUUCAAUUUCAGUUGUUGAAGGAAAAUAAUUUCCAACAAACUAUUCCAGCAGUUAAGGUCGGCGAAGAUGCGGACGUAACCUAUGAGGCUGCCACCGCCUCCGUGAAAAGGGCAUUGCGUUUCUCCUCAGCCAUGCAGGCCAAAGAUGGCCAUUGGCCCGCUGAAAAUGCUGGCCCGCUAUUCUUCCUGCCUCCCCUGGUCAUGUGUCUGUACAUUACCGGGCAUCUCGACGAAAUAUUUUCACCAGAACACAAAAAGGAGAUUCUUCGGUACAUAUACAACCACCAGAAUGAAGAUGGAGGGUGGGGAUUCCACAUAGAGGGCCACAGCACCAUGUUCUGCACUGUACUCAGCUACAUUUGCAUGCGUAUUCUGGGUGAGGGCCCGUUCGGGGGCAGAGACAAUGCUGUGAAAAGAGGUCGAGAGUGGAUCCAUGAUCAUGGUGGUGUAGUCGCAAUACCCUCUUGGGGGAAGACAUGGCUUUCGAUAUUUGGUCUAUUUGAUUGGUCAGGCUGCAACCCCAUGCCACCAGAGUUUUGGAUCCUUCCUCCUUAUUUACCUAUGCAUCCAGCAAAAAUGUGGUGUUACUGUCGAAUGGUUUACAUGCCAAUGUCGUAUCUAUACGGGAAGAGGUUUGUUGGACCCAUCACAAAUCUUGUUCUGCAGCUUAGGAAAGAGCUUCAUUCUCAACCUUAUGAUGAAAUUGAUUGGAAGAAAUACCGGCAUGUUUGUGCAAAGGAAGAUAUGUACUACCCACACCCCCUGAUUCAGGAUUUUCUAUGGGAUAGUCUUUACAUAUUAACUGAGCCGUUACUGACACGGUGGCCCUUCAACAAGUUGGUGAGAGAAAAAGCGCUUCAAACAACGAUGGAAUACAUUCAUUACGAAGAUGAAAACAGUCGAUACAUCACCAUCGGAUGUGUUGAGAAGGUUCUCUGCAUGCUUUCUUGUUGGGUAGAAGAUCCUCAUGGUGAUUAUUUUAAGAAACAUCUUGCCAGGAUUCCAGAUUACAUGUGGGUUGCUGAAGAUGGAAUGAAGAUGCAGAGUUUUGGUAGUCAACAAUGGGACACAGGCUUUGCAGUUCAGGCACUUUUGGCUUGUAAUCUGCUUGAAGAAACAGGGGAAACUCUUAGAAAAGGACAUGAUUUUAUAAAAAACUCACAGGUCAAGAACAACCCUUCUGGUGACUUCAAAAAAAUGUUCAGGCACAACUCGAAAGGAUCUUGGACUUUCUCUGAUCAAGAUCAUGGCUGGCAAGUCUCAGACUGCACUGCAGAAGGGCUUAAGUGUUGUCUUAUACUAUCACAACUGCCACCAGAAAUCGUCGGUCCGAAACAUGAGGCAGAAAGAUUGUACGACGCCGUAAAUGUCAUCCUCUCUUUACAGAGUAAAAAUGGAGGUUUAUCAGCUUGGGAGCCUGCAAAAGGAGGGGCUUGGCUAGAGCUUCUUAAUCCCACGGAGUUUUUCGCGGAUAUUGUAGUAGAACAUGAGUACGUAGAAUGCACAGCAGCAGCAAUCCAGGCUUUUGUGCUAUUCAUGAAAUUAUAUCCCGGGCGCCGUAAAAAGGAGAUCGAAGCUUUCAUCGCAAAUGCAGUUCAUUUUCUUGAAGAUAUCCAAAUGCCAGAUGGUUCAUGGUAUGGCAACUGGGGUGUUUGUUUCACUUAUGGAACUUGGUUUGCACUUGGAGGUUUGGCAGCAGCUGGGAAGACUUACUCUAAUUGUGCAGCUGUGCGUAAAGGUGUCCAAUUCCUGUUGUCGGUGCAACGCCAAAAUGGAGGUUGGGGAGAGAGCUACCUCUCUAGUCCCCUCAAGAAAUAUGUACCGCUGGAAGACAACCGAUCCAAUUUGGUGCAUACUUCAUGGGCCAUGAUGGGUCUAAUUCAUUCCGGUCAGGCUGAGAGAGACCCGUUACCUCUACAUCGCGCUGCCAAGUUGCUAAUCAACUCACAAAUGGAAACUGGAGAAUUCCCCCAACAGGAAAUAACUGGAGUAUUCAUGAAGAACUGCAUGCUACAUUAUGCAGCCUACAGGAAUAUAUACCCGCUAUGGGCGCUUGCAGAGUAUCGAAACAAGGUCAAAUUGCAUGAUUAAUUGUUCAAGGAUCUCAGCUCGAUCACGCCAUUUCUUGAAUCUCUCGGCUCAUUGUCAAUUCUUGCUGUAACAAAAUGCAUGUAUCAAAUUUCGAAGGUUUAGGUUGUUCUUUGGUGUACUUAGUAGAAAAAAAUGAAAUGGAUCAGUAGCGCUAUUGAUCAAGAGGCUAAAAAUGUGCUCAUAAAGCUGAUUCAGAGGUCACGGCCGACAGAUGUUUUUCAAUCAUGGUUUCCGAACAACCUCUCUGGAUGAAAUUGUAGCCAUCAAACCGCCAACUUUUGUUUACACACCCAAGUAUAAUAAAUUAAUACUAGCAUGGGGCAGGGCUCCCCCUUAGCCCCUUUUACCA